AUGGCCUUCUCCCAGAGAUAUGGAUACGGGAGUGCUGGGUUCUUCGAGGUCGUGCAGGGCUUGCACCCGCGCGGGAUCCCCAAGUCGGAGGCGAGGGGGGGAGCCGGCGUCGCCGCGAACAAGGUCAAGAAGUAUCUCGCCAAGAUGGACAGGGCUGUGGAUUACGACUUCUACGACGAUGACGACCUUCGCUACGUCCGCUUCAAGUCGCCGUUCAACCGCCGCCCCCUCAUCGGCCCGGUGUCCGCGUGCAGGAAGAACGUAGGGAAGCGCACCCUCCGCCUCGUCGGGAGCAGCAGCCCCGACUACCUGCGGCAAUGUGAAGAGGCUGCAUUUGGUGAUUUUGAUGACAGCGACGACUGGGAGGUCGAGGUGUAG